AUGCCCAAAGCGAAGUGCGCUUACGCAACGGCCGGAUGCGACGACGCCGCGACGGCUGACGACGUCCUACCGCGCUGGCCACUUGUUGAAGUACACGAGUUUACACUAACCGCGAAUAACUUCGCGUGUCUCACGUUUAAACGUUUCUCGUUUGUUUGCGACGCCGCGCUGUCGGCUCAUGAAUUGAACUUUGAGUUGCAUUCCAUUUUACUGUAUUGCGGCUACGCA